AUGAAUUUUAAUAUCAAAAACAUUGGAAAUUUAUGGGAUGAGAUUUGUAACUUGAUCAUCCGACCCCAACGAUGUAUCUAUGAACCCUCUAUUGCACUCGGACCUAAAUUAUUUACUCUUGAUAAUCGAAUUUUUGAAAGAAAGGAUUUUCAGUUGACAAACUCGAGAGGAAAAGUUAUUGAAUGCUCACAUUAUCAACCUAUUGAAUCGCAAAGAACAAAGGAAAAGUUACCUUGCGUGAUUUAUUGUCAUGGUAACUGUGGAUCAAGAUGUGAUGCAUUAGACGCUGUCAGUAUUUUACUUCCAUACAAUAUAACAGUGUUUGCUUUUGACUUUACAGGAUCUGGCUUAUCUGAAGGAGAUUAUGUGUCACUGGAAAUUGCGAAAGCAAGGAUGUUGGAACUAUUGUUGAAUAUUUAUGGUCAACCAAGAGGAAAAUCAAUUAUUGGAAAAGCUGGUUUUGAUAUUCGUUCAUGUGCACCUAUUGAAUGUGCUGGCUCCUGUUUUCUCUAUGAAACCUAUGCAGGUGACAAGAAUAUGAUUCGAUUCGAAGGAGAUCACAAUAGUGCAAGACCCGAUUUUAUGUAUGACUCUGUGUGCAUCUUCUUCUACAAUGUGCUUGUUAGCAAUGAUAAGGAAUUGGAAAAUAAGGAUAUUCCAAAAGGUUCAAUGGCUCACAAGAAUGACGUAGGAGUUGUGACAGAAAAAGGUCGACAAAAUUCUACCUCAGAGUCACCAGCGAAAAAGAACCCUUCUGCAUCCUCAAAAAUUUCCAUACCAAGAGAAGCUGCUCACAAUGACUCCUUCUUCCAAUCACCUUCCUAUCCUCAAAUGAUUGUUCCAAGCUCUCUCAAUGACAAUUAUGAAGGAUUUGGAAAUAGUGACGAAGAUGAAAUGCUCUUCCUAGCUCUCAUUGAAAGUGUCAAAGAAGAGCUCAAUGUCUGUAAGGAUGAAAAUGAACGAAAAGAACUCGAAACUCGAUUGAAAGAGCUCUACGAACAAGCCAAAGUCAAUUCUGCAUUCCUAUAA